GAGGGUGGCGUGCAGAAGGAAAGACAGACAGAAAGAAAGGGGCAGGUACUGUGCCCGGCUGUUCUUUCUUGAAUCCUACAAAUCCCGGCUUUCGCUAGUCACAAUUCGGCGGAAGCGGAGGAGAGGAGAGCCGUCGUUUUCUGAAAGCAACGCUGCAGGCAGCAGUAGCCUUCCUUGACACGGGACUGACGAAGUUGCCUCGCCUGCCCGGUACAGCAUUUUUGUUAGCUGGCAGGUGCAGUUGUUGGACCCGUUUGCAGAGGCCCCCAAUACAACCUCUCCAAAAUAUGUUUGAUCCCCAUGGGCGUAGCCGGGGGGGCAGCUGUAAAACAAUAGAAAUACUUAAUUGAUCAAUCACAUCGGUUCUGCCCCCCCCUAACGAAAGUCCUGUUCGUCCCCACCCCGCGUCAAAAAUCCUGGCUGCGUCCGCAUGUUUGAUCCCAUUAAUUAAUCACAGUUUGAGCGUGGGUUGAGAUGGCUCUCUGAAGCCACGGCCCAAAGGUACGCAAAUUCAGCCAAAAAAGCAAGAAACAAACAUAUGAAGUUUUGCUUCAGUACAGUACCUGUUCCUUCACUAUACACUUGGUCUGCUGUGAGUAGGACCAAUGCAUGGAAUACAACCCAUAGGAUAAGUUAAAUUUAGAGGCAAAAAUACAUUUAUUGGAAGAUGGAUACCAGUCUGUGAUCUUCACUCCCUGAGCUCUACUGCAAGGGAAGUUAUACAGUAUUGGAGUAGAGACUCAAGCUGCACUGCAAGUCAUUUUGGCUCCAAUUGCAAGCCCUUCUAGGAAUGACCUUGGAGUCGGCAUCCCAUCAUGGGGAAGCAAUGUGCCUCUGAAUAUACUGAGGGAGGAGAGACAAACAGCAGAAAAAGGGCCUUGCAGAUGGGAACCAUGGUAGUUGGGAGCCCGAGAGAAGAUGGAAUCAUAUCCAUAGUCACAACCGCACAGGGAGCAGAUGAGCCUAAAAAGGUGACAUUUCCAGUUCCCGUGGAAGGUGCCAGCUUGGAGCCAGGAGAACCUCGCUGGGCAAACUAUGUCAAAGGGGUGAUUCAGCAUUAUCAGGCUGGCCCUCUCCCAGGCUUCAAUGCAGUCAUAGCCAGCAAUGUUCCGCUCGGUGGCGGUCUGUCAAGUUCAGCUUCCUUGGAAGUGGCUACUUACACAUUUCUGCAGGAGUUGUGUCCAGAUGAUGGGGAUCCUGUAACUAAGGCAUUAGUAUGCCAGAAAGCGGAGCACACCUUCGCAAUGAUGCCUUGUGGUAUCAUGGACCAGUUCAUCUCUGUGAUGGGGAAGGAGGGCCAUGCCUUGCUGAUAGACUGCAGGUCACUGGAGACUUCCCUGUUGCCUUUGGCUGACCCAGAUGUAGUUGUACUCAUCACCAACUCCAAUGUGCGGCACACCUUGACGGGCAGUGAAUACCCCACCCGUCGGCGCCAGUGUGAAGAGGCAGCGAAGGUGCUUGGCAAGGAAAGCCUGAGAGAAGCCACUAUGGCAGACUUAGAGGCUUCUAAGGCCUUGCUAAGUGAGUUGGUGUACCGGCGAGCCAGGCAUGUCAUUGGGGAAAUCGAACGCACCUCCCGAGCUGCAGAGGCACUGCAGUCCAAGGACUAUAAGAGAUUUGGGCAACUGAUGGUGGAGAGUCACAAUUCCUUGCGAGAUGACUAUGACGUCAGCUGCCCAGAAUUAGAUGAACUUGUUUCUGCUGCUUUGGAGAUCCCUGGAGUUUAUGGCAGCAGAAUGACUGGUGGGGGAUUCGGAGGCUGCACUGUUACUCUGCUUGAAUCUGGUGUAGCAGAAAAAGUCCAGAAGCAUAUCAAGGAAAAAUACAGCAGGACAGCCACCUUCUAUUUGACACAGCCUUCUGAUGGAGCCAGAGUACAUCCUCUGCAAUGACCCAGCUCCCAAUCCCAACCGCUUCAGAGCAAGGGUUUUCUGUUGCUCUGAUACCAAUGACACAGAGCACUGCAAAGGUCAGAGCCAGCUUCCCUGAUCCAUGUGCUUGAGACUCCAGUCAAAGACUUCCAAAUUCUGAUAAAAACUUGAUCUCUUUCUUGUCUCUCUCUUUUAAAUCUGGUUUUUACAUGUAGAACCUUCCUUCCAGUCUGCUCUACUGAACAAAGGUCUCUUCUCCUGACUGUUUUACAUUACAAUUUGUGGCAGGGAAUCUGUUCUUCAGGUGAGGCCAGAACAGGCGUAUUUUGCUGUGCUGUUUUGUGUUGGAAAUGAGUUGAGGAUAGUCAUGCAUGGCACUUGUUUACAGCCAUCGCCCUUCCUCUACUUCUGGUUCCUGACAUAAAGCAAAUACUGUAGUAUGAUUAACUGACAGUGUUCUCGAAGCUACAAACAUGAGUUUGACCACACUGCGGGAGGCAGUGGAAGACAGGAGUGCCUGGCGUGCUCUGGUCCAUGGGGUCACGAAGAGUCGGACACGACUAAACGACUAAACAACAACAAAUGAUUAACUGAAUUUCCCUGAUGAUUGGUUGGUUGGUAGGUAGUUCGUUCAGCCUCUUCUUUGUAAACUAAAGUAAUAUAAGAAGCUUCAAGGACAAGAGUCCUUCAUUUACACCUCACAAUGUGGCAAGUUAUUCAUCUUCCAACCUAAAUACCACAGAUGGAAUCCAGUGUUGCAUGAGCAAAUUUAUGAUUAUGUGUUUUUCUUGAAGUUACCUACGAUUUUACUACAAGGAUGAGCUGCCUUAAUUAUUAGAAACUCUGCAAUCCUCUGCAUGUCUUCUCAGAAUUAAGUCCCACUGACUUGGAGGCUCAGUGGCUAUUCUGCUUUCAAAAUACAGUGGUACCUCAGAAGUCGAACGGAAUCCAUUCCGGAAGUCCGUUCGACUUCCAAAACGUUUGGAAAGCAAGGCAAGGAAGCCCCUGCAGCCAAUCGGAGGCCGUGUCAGAUGUUUGGGUUCCAAAGAACGUUCACAAACCGGAACAUAAACCGGGUUUGCGACGUUCGGGAGUCAAAACAUUCGAGUCGCAAGGUGUUCGUCAACCAAGGUACUAUAGUACAGUAAAAGUGCCCAGACUAAUUACACUUUUAGAACUUUGUGGGUUCUAGAACUCGGUGCAUUCUAUAAUGAUCUUGGAGAACAAAGAACUCUGUCACAUGGCACAGUUCAGCUGCCCAGUAGGGUUCAACAGGAGUUAGGGCCCACUAACUGCUUUGCCUGUCCAUAGGAAUGGGAACAGCUAUAUGCAAGGCCAUUCCAUCUAUGGCCAGUUCCCUCUCCUGCCAUAGCAUUAUCCCUUAUGAUUCCAAAAACACCCACUGUCAUUUAAGCUGCAUCAAAACUUCACAUCAAGGACAUGUAGGUGGGACUGUCAGAAUCUUUUCGUAAUGAAUCUAUAAUAUGUAUUGCAGUUGCAAAACCUGGGGAGGGUUUUUUUCCCUGAAGCAAAAAUGUGACCUUUCCCAGAAGGCUCUGAUUUUAUAGGCUGUUAUCAAAUUAGCUUUUAAACCUGUGCCCUUUGGCUCAAGUCUUCCAUUCUUAGACCUUUUCAGUAUUUAACUGUUUUUUUGUUUUUUUAAACUAUGCUAGAAUUUUAUGCAAUAUUUUGCUUCUUGAGCCUGAUCCUUUUGAAAUUAAUGUGUGUAGGCCUGCCUAAUUUUAUAUAGGAGUGCAGCCCUACUCUCUCAUUAACACCCACAGCUGCUAGCCACUUUCACAUCAGACACACUUGGAAAUAAAAAGCCUUCUGCAAUCGUAGAGGGAAAAUGUUUAAUAAGUGCAAUAGAAAGCCAUCUGGUCCUGAAUGCCAGUCGUCAAAACACUGCAUAUGUAUCAAGUGCCACCAACCCCUGCAAGCCAUAAUGUGGCUAUGAAAUGUAAUUUACAUUCUAUUGUGGUUCUUCUGUUAGGUAAGUGAAAGCAUGCAAUCCCUUUCAAAACUUGUGUUAGAAUUGCUGUGCUGCUGAAAUAUGGCCCAUCAAACACCUUUAAUGGACUCUUUGGUUAAUAUUAAAGCCUGUGACCAAAGUGACUUUGCAAAACGAUGUAAUGCAAGAGCUAGAGA